AUGAUUUGUAAUAUUAUUGAUAAUAAUAAUAAUAAUAAUAAUAAUAAUAAUAAUAAUAAUAAUAAUAAUAAUAAUAAUAAUAAUGUUACUGUAUGUAACAUGUUAAAUAAAAGUAUGAUUUCAUUAUCGAAAAGACAACUUCAUUGGUAUGAUUCAAUUUUUAGAUUAAGUAACUUGUUGAAAUUACCUUGUGAAUUGGUGCGUAUUUAA